AUCUUGGUUUCUUUAUGACAUUCUAGUGUAUUGUGUUGUUUCGUUUUUACAGGAUUUCUGAAAUGAAUGUGUAAUCGGUAUAUUGAUAUAUCAUGGUUUCUUAUUGUUGUGUAAUUUCUUCUUCUUCUUUUUUUUUUUUUUUGGUUUUGACGCAUACUUUGAAUCAAUUCAGCUCUCUGUAUAACAUAAAAACACACACACACACUCGAUCUCUCCUAAAUCUCAUCAAUCGUCGUCUUCGAUUUGAGCUUUUCUGUUGCAGGAUGCAUACUAUUCAGUUUAGGGUGUUAUACUCUGGGAAGUUUACCAAGAAGGCGGCCAAAAGAAUCAGUAGUGAUACUGGAGUAGGGGUCAAUGUAGACAAUGUUGCUGAUUCAACCACUGAUGAGACACUUAGUCUAAUAACUAUUUCGUGUGUCAUCGAGAAGAAGAACUCCAUCUCGUUCAAGGAGGCCCUUGCAAACACAACUCCGUUGUGUUUUGCCCAGGAAGCUCUAAUGAGGGUAUGCAGUAGUCUGCCCUCCAACAGCAUCAGGAUGGUAAUUCCCCAAAGCCAAGUAGCGCGUGUAAUUGGGAAACAUGGAAGAAACCUGAAGAAAAUAAGAAAGAAUACGGUGGCAGAGUUCGAGUUCACCCGAAUGGACGCUAACAACCCUCGUCACUCAUAUUUGUACUACUUCGACAAUUUGGUUGAGGUAAGAGCACCUAAUGGAGAAGCAGUGUCAAAAGCGCUAAGAGUACUUUCGACACUGCUUUAUAUGUAUGCUCUCAAUCCGGAAGAAGAGUAUAUACUGACCGUUCAUCCCUAUCGUGUUGCUGUUGAUAUGGAAGGUCUUCCUUGGGAGGAACCUUUUGUGGAUAAUUUGAUGAUAGAGGAAGAGGUCCUUGAUGAUGGGUAUGAAGGUGAUGAAGGCCACCUGGUAGCUGGAGGCAGCAAACAAAUUGAAGGCCCAAAUGAACUCGGCUUCCAGCUUAGAUUGAGUGUGAAGGGACAGGGGACCCGAAAGACCUUUGGACCCAUAAGAAAAAUUUGCUCUUCGGUGGAUCAUUUUGCAUCAGAGAUCUAUGGCAAGGAAAGACGGGUUAGAGAGCUUAACAAGGAGUUGGAAAAGGCAGGAUCUGGAGAAAAAAUCAGAGAGGAGCAACAAACAUUGACUAGGAAGAUAGAUGAAUUAACUCUGACAUACGAUGCAGUCAAGGAAGAGGCCAUAAUGAUGAUGGAGGAAUUACCAAGUACCUCCCAGUACACGUUGAUGUCGUUUGAAGAUUUGGGAUGUGUAGCAAAGAUGGUGAGAUGGCUACCCGAGGCUGCAGUUAGAAAUAAGUGGAACAGGAGAAAAGUCUGGUACUUUGUAUUUGGUGGUUCUGUAACUCUGAGUACCAGGGAGGCCAUGACAAGAACAACAAAUUUAUCGAGCGAAAUCCCUAUGCCUGAUACAACUCAACAGCUGAGGGUCAUCGUGAAUGCCAACGGAGAACAUUCCACUGAUCUCAUCUUAAAGACUCAGUUUUAAUGUAGAUGGCAAAAUGAGGAGUAGUAGACUGAAGAAUGUGAACCAAAUUCUUUUUUUCUGUAAAAAGUAUCAGAUAUUUUUUCACUAGGGUGUGUGUUAAGAGCGAGAACAACUCCUAUUUGUGGAGAAUGGAUAUACUGAGGGGUAGAUAGAUUGAACUUGAACUUAACCUGCCCAUCAUGGGUAGGUUUUUAGUGUUUCAAAUAGUUACUCUCAGGUUGGACUACUAUGCUUUUACAUGAACAACCGCUACCACUUUUCUGUGGCCGGAUUGAAUCAGAAUAUACUAUAGUUUGGCUACAGAUCUGAUUACUUCUAUUUGGCUGCAGAUUUUGAUUAACUACAUUGUAUUUUUUGAUGAA